CCGUGAAAACAUGGCCCAAACCAUGGCUCGCUCAGACUUUUGUUACCUGCCCAAGCGAACGGACGCCGCGAUCGCUUAGUUGCAUCGGUUGGUCAGUUCAGUUCUGUCCUAGGGAACAACCAACCGUCUCAAUCGAAAAAGUGCAGCGAAUAUCUGUGUUUUUGUUAUUGUGCGUGAUUGCUGAAACCAAAUCAAAACAAAUUGAGCCCUCUACCAACCAGUUUGCACAUCGAGUUGCAAAAGAUUCACCAUGAGGCGUCGCAAAGUGCUCAUCUGCUGGGCUGCUCUGCAGGCGGGCAGCUCCAUUCUCACCUGCCUGCUUCUCCUACUGACCACCGGCCAGAAUCCGCAGCAGGUGGCGGCCGGAAUAGUGCCGCCUCCGUGGAGUGAUCCCGCACAGAAUCCGUGCGCCAGCAUGUCCGGUGGCUGGCAGUUGCUGUACUGGGCACCUCUGAAGAAGUGCUUCAAGAUCUUCACCCUCGGCUAUCCAUGUCCGGCAACCAUGGAGCUCAGUCCCACCGCAGUCAGUGCCAAGCGGAAGGAUGCACCUGCAGCCGAGUGCCGCUGCCCUCCGGGAACUGCACUUAGUCCGCUUCACGAGAAUGUGUGCUACAAGCUAUACGAACGGGGACCCUGCCAACCCGAGGAGUACUUCCAACCCGUGCCGGAUCAGGUCAGGAGAACCGCAACCGGCAACCGUUGGGGUACGUGCAAGCGACCGCUGCAUUGCCCGGAGGACAUGCUCUACUGGCCGAGGGACAACAAGUGCUAUGCGAGGCAUGGAAAGGGUCCAUGCAGCCGCGGAAAACUUCUCGUUCGCAACGAGGAGGGACUGGCCGAGUGCCGCUGCGAGGAUGUUGGCGAGUUGGCCUCGUUCUACUAUCCGGCGGAGGAGUCUUGCUAUGAACACUACACCAAAGGACCCUGCUCGACGCCGGGUCACAUCUUCUUGCCCGGCGGGCGAUGCGACUGCCAGCGGCACUUGCCGCACUAUCAUGCUCCGCAUCAAAUGUGCUAUGAGCUGGACACCCCUGGUCCCUGCCCACCUGGUCACAUCUUCCGCAUACCCGACGAGGUCCAGGAGACAACGGGCACCACCCUGCAGCUUUUGCCGCGUGCCCAGUGCCAGUGCAAGGAGGGCUAUGUGCCCUGGAGCGAUGGCAUCUGCUAUCGCCUGUACACAAGGGGUCCCUGUGGGCCCAAUGAGUUCCUGGUCAACGGAACCAGCUGUGUGCGCAACUUCUGUGGCAAGAAUCGCCUGUACUUCCCAGCGGAAGAUUCUUGCUACAGGAUUGGAUCUCAAGGCCCAUGUGCCCUACAUCAGGUGGUGAUCUUCGACUUCACCGCCAGGCCAUCCAUCGAUGGCAUCUCCUACAAUGGAAUGUGCGGUUGUUCCGGUGUCCUCACUAAUCUGGAUCAGCAGUGCACGGGAGAUGGUGCGGAUAAGGAACAGAAUAUAUGCGAGUCCACGCCCGGAAUGGUGGAGAUCAAUGGGCAGUGCCACAAGCUGUAUAGCCGAGGACCCUGCGGCGCGGGUCAGUGGUUAGAGCCACUGAAAUCCCAAGCCACGAAUGGCACCUCGAUUUUGGUCCACGCCAGUCGAGCAAAGUGCGUCUGCCGGCCGGGUUACACGCCCUCGGAGUCGGAUCAACGCGGCAUGAGCAACUGCAGCGCUCCGAGUGUCAGCCUGGCGAGGUAUUUAACCAACGAGCGACUCAACUCGAAGUUUCUCAAUGAUCUGCACCUUGGUGGGACCACCUAAAAUCCCCAAUCUUCAAGCUAUUUUCUGUCUGGUUGUGAUGACUUCUACUCUUCCACCGCAUGCCCACCUAAUUUUCCCCAUUACACCCCUAUUACCCUGUGUUUUUGUGUUGCAUGCUCAGUGUUUAUGGAUCGAUUCGAUCACUUGUUAUUCAAUUAACCAUUUUGUUCUCUUUUAGGUGGUUUUUAGAAAUAUUCGGUUAACGUGUUCGAUAGGAAGAGACAGUGCCAUUAAUGUAUUACAUCGACUAAUGUACGAGUUGUAUUUAAGGAAAAUCCCGAUAAGGAAAAUAAAACAAUUUGAAAGACUAA